AUGGCAGCAAAACUCGGUGACCUGCUGGUCAGAGAAAACCUCAUCACCCGGCAGCAACUCGGGAAGGCCCUGGAGUAUCAGAGGGUCCAUGGAGGCCGCCUGGGGUAUUGCCUGAUUCAGUUGGGGUGGGUCACCGGCGAGGACAUCAGCGCCAUCAUCUGCCGCCAGUUCGGCCUGCCCUCCAUCAACCUCCCCUUCUUCGAAGUUGACCCCUCGAUCGUGAAGCUCAUUCCGCUGGAGACGGCGCGGAAAUACCAGGUUCUGCCGCUGAGCCGGGCCGGCUCCACCUUGACCAUCGCCACCAUCGAUCCCACCGACGUCUUCGCCAUGGACGACCUGCAGUUCAUGACGGGCUUCACCAUUGAACCGGUCGUGGUCGCCGAGUCCGCCAUCCGGGAGGCCAUUCACAAGUACUACGGCGCCGGACCGACCCCGGAGCUCAAGCAGGGGGGUGCGGGCGCCACCGUCGAGAGCGGACAGCCGGCCGGGAGCGAGCCCGGGAUGGGCAGCGCCACUGACCGACCCAUCGCCCCGGGAAACUCGGGGCAGGCCGACGAGGAAGCCCCCGUCGUCAAGCUGGUCAACCGGAUUCUGUCCAGCGCCCUGAAGCAGGGGGCCAGUGACAUCCAUAUCGAGCCCUACGAGCAGGAGCUUCGGGUGCGCUUUCGCAUCGACGGUCUCCUGAGCACCGUCAUGACCCCUCCCCUGAGCCUGAAAGACGCCGUGACCUCCAGAAUCAAGAUCAUGGCCAAGUUGGAUAUCUCGGAAAAGCGCCUCCCGCAGGAUGGCCGCAUGAAGAUCAGGAUGAAGAAGGAGGGCCGGGUCGGGGACCUCGACCUGCGAGUGUCGGUCCUGCCGACCCUGCACGGCGAGAAGGUGGUUCUGCGGCUGCUCGACCGGGACCGCCUCAUGCUGGACAUGACCCAACUGGGUUUCGAGCCGGAAACCCUGCGGAGGUUCGAGUCGGCCAUCCUGAAGCCCUACGGUAUGGUGCUGGUGACGGGGCCCACUGGAAGCGGCAAGACCAGCACCCUGUACUCCUCGAUCACACGCCUCAACCGUACGGACACCAAUAUCCUGACGGCCGAGGACCCUGUCGAGUUCAACCUGCCGGGGAUCAACCAGGUUCAGGUAAAGGAGCAGAUCGGAUUGACCUUCGCCACCGCCCUGCGGGCCUUCCUGCGCCAAGACCCCAACAUUGUGCUGGUGGGCGAGGUCCGAGACCCGGAGACGGCCGAGAUCGCGAUCAAGGCGGCCCUGACCGGCCACCUGGUGCUCAGCACUCUGCACACCAACGAUGCCGCUUCCACCGUCAGCCGCCUCACCAAUAUGGGGGUGGAGCCCUUCCUGGUGGCGACCUCGGUCCAUUUGAUCUGUGCCCAGCGGCUGGUCCGCCGCAUCUGCCGCCAAUGCAAGCAAGCAGACGACCCUCCGGUUGAAGCCCUCAUCGAAGCGGGUCUCGCCCCCUCCGAAGCCCAGGAGAUCCUCACCUAUCGAGGCCAAGGCUGCGACGCCUGCAACCACACGGGCUACAAGGGACGGGUGGGACUCUUUGAAGUGAUGGAGAUCGGUGACGGCCUCAGGGAACUCAUUUUGAGGGGCGGGUCUUCCGCCCAGCUCAAGCAGAAGGCCAUCCAGGGUGGGAUGAUCACCCUGCGGGCCAGUGGGCUGCAAAAGAUCCGCGAUGGCCUCACCACCUUGGAAGAGGUCCUGAGGGAGACUGUCAAGUAG